CUUUUUUUUUUUUAUUUAAAGGCUUAUCCGUUUUGGUGUGGAAUGCAUUGGAAAAUCCCCCAAACAACCCCGGCAAUCCAAAAAUACUGACGGGAUUUGAAAAUCCAGAAAUACUGACGGGAUUUGAAAAUCCAGAUUUUGACCUGAGGAUAUUGAGGGUGUUAACCCUUCUGAGCCUGGGAUCUGAAAUACAUCGAUGUGUGAUCUUGAGGAUGUCACAGGUACAUGUAUCUACACUGGAGGUGCAACUGCCAUCUCUGCUUGAGCUAGCACAGCAUAGCUGUGGCAGCACGGUUGGUGAAAAAGACAUGAUGAGCACCCACAACUCACGUUGAAGCCAACAUCUUUGGGUCAAAUAUGCCCUCAAUCACAGCCUUGCAAUCUCGGUGACUUCAGAGGGACUGUUUACCCAUCUGUCAAACGGGUAUAAUAUUUUCAGCUGCGCUCAAGAAGACCUUCCUACCUACUGCUGACACGAUGCACAGCAGCCUUGCAGCAGAUUCCAGCUGCAGCUGUUGUUUCAGGACCAUUCAGGAGAACUUCUGAACUCUCUGUCUGACUCGGCUGUUGCAACGUUUCCAGGAAGACGCUCGACAAGCCAACGAAUAUCCUCACUGAGCUCCUGAAAGGGAAGAGAAUUGUUUUAAAAAGUAAAAUGCAUCCUGCAUGGCUUGAUCUUCAUAUCGCUUUGGCCUAAAACAAAAUGGUGCUGGGGAGGAGAGUUCCACGCCAAAGCAAGCGUCCCUGCUGGUUCUUCAUUCAGCAUCUGUGCAGCCACGUUCUAUUGAUGGCCUGUUGUGAUUUCAAUGGAACAUCAUGGGAUGUACCUGGCACGUCAGGCAGCACUGGAUGGAGGUGCCUUUAGCCCAAUGUACCUGGCAUGGUGGUAAAGCGAAGGUGAGAGGAAGAGAAGUUGGAGAUGGAACUGCCAAAUCAUGCCAAACAACUGCUACUGCAGCUGAACCAGCAACGAGCCAAAGGUUUCCUCUGUGACGUGAUUAUUGUGGUAGAAAAUGCCCUGUUUCGUGCCCACAAGAACAUCCUGGCAGCCAGCAGCAUGUAUUUCAAAUCCCUCGUCCUGCAUGACAACCUAAUUAACUUAGACACGGACAUGGUGAACCCCACUGUGUUCCGACAGAUCUUAGACUUUAUUUAUACUGGGAAGCUCUUAACGACUGACCAGCCUGGUGAACAGAACUUUAAUGCUCUUCUCACCGCAGCAAGCUACCUCCAACUGCACGACCUUGCAGCUCUCUGCAGGAAGAAGCUGAAGCGGAAUGGGAGGUCUUUCUCUGGCAGGGCCGGUGGGCCCAGUAUCGGGAGACCUCCCAGGAGUCAGAGGCUUUCUACCACUUCAGUCAUCCAAACUCGUUAUUCAGGGUCAACUGAGGGGAUGAAGGGCUCACACUCAAAGGAGCUGCCAAAGGGAAAGGUCUCUGAUGAUGAGAUCUUCAUCAGCAGCUCUAACCAAGAGAACUCUCACUCCUUAAGCCGGGGAGCCAACAAGAACAGCAGUGGUGGUGGCAGUGCAAAUGGAAGCAAUGGUGACCAGGAGCUUGGCCUUGACUUGUCCAAAAAAAGCCCAUCGCUCCCCAUGGCAGCCUCCCAGGAUGACACGCAGCUCAGCGAAAGCCAGCAUGGCUCUCCCCAAUCUGCCUCAGCCCCUGCAGCCAACAGUGCCUCAUCUUUCGACGAGUCUGCCGCCGGAGCCCCCCACAGUGCAGCAGACAGCAGUGAACCCAUGAAGAUGGACAUGAACGAGGAGACUCACUCCCUGGCGGAGAGUGGCCAGCGCAAGAGCCUCCGGCACGCUGCACGCAAAAAGGAGUGGAUCAAGAAAGACAACGCUUUUGACCGGAAUGAGGGGAUCAAAGGUGGCGAGGAAAGCGAGGGGCUGCCCAAUGGCAUCCUGAUGGGUCCCUUGUCCAAGUCGGCCGAGCGGAACCUAAGCAACGCCUAUGGCCCGGAGCAGGCAUUCCAGUGUAGAGAGGAGAUUGAAAAUGGCAAGGAGAUGAGUGAUGACAGUGGCCAGAGUGAGUGUGAAAGUGGUGGGCACACCAGUGCCAACUACGUUUACCGGCAGGAGGGGUUUGAGCCUGUGGCCUAUGGUGACAACCUGUACGUCUGCAUCCCCUGUGGCAAGGGCUUCCCUAGCUCUGAGCAGCUUAAUGCCCACGUGGAGACGCACACCGAGGAAGACCUCUACAUCAAGGAGGAAGGCACAUAUGAUGAUAAGGAGGAAGCCGAGGAUUUGUCCAACCCUAACCAGCCCUACGCUGCAGAGUCCCGGCCCUUUAAAUGCUCCAUAUGUGAAAAGAGCUACAAGGAUCCGGCCACUCUGCGGCAGCACGAGAAGACUCACUGGCUGACACGGCCCUUCCCUUGCAACAUCUGCGGCAAGAUGUUCACGCAGCGGGGUACCAUGACACGGCACAUGCGCAGCCAUUUAGGGCUCAAGCCCUUUGCUUGCGAGGAAUGCGGGAUGCGCUUUACCCGGCAGUACCGACUGACAGAGCAUAUGCGUGUCCACUCAGGAGAAAAACCCUAUGAAUGUCAACUGUGUGGUGGGAAAUUCACCCAGCAGCGCAAUCUGAUCAGCCACCUGCGAAUGCAUACCUCUCCCACAUAAGCCAAAGACUCCAGAAUGAGCUUCGAGCCCAUCCGCAGUGAUUUACCUUUCUGUAAACUUGCUGCUUAAGAAGGCAACUCCCCUCCUUUGUUCGGUCAUGGGCAGCCUAAACAAAUGUAGCUUUAACAUUUUUUAUAAAAAGACAAAUGUAGGUCCACAGCGGAGCUGAUGCCAUUCACAAAUCAUUCCCCACCCCUUCCUUCCCACAUCUCAGUGGUGUGGCAAGAAAUGCCAUUUAUUUUUGUGGGUGUUGAUUUGGCCACUCUUCUUUUGAUCCCCACACCCAGGUAACAGGAGUGAGGCCUCCUGACUAUUGGAUGGUAAGUAGGAAUGGAGAGAGAAAUUAUAUUGCCCAAAGGGAGAUUGGAUCAAGUUGGGCUGUACCAACCCUUUAUUCACCUCUUGUUGGUACUCCUGUAGUGCUUUAUAGACAUUGAUCAAGUGUUAUUUCCUGCAUUAAUGAAAAGUGCAAGUGGAAUUUGUCAUCCACUGGCUACUCUGUGAGCUUUGCCUUUUGUGCUCGUGUUACAAUAUUGUCACAACCAGACUCAAUAAGGGCAUUUCUUGCCACUCCUUUUUUUUCUUUUUUUUUUUUUUAAGGAACCCCAUUUUCCAACAGCCUAAGUGGCUACAAAGUAUUGGUUUUUCUGUGCCCAGGGCAGAAGCUGUGGACUGACUGUAACAGGGUUGGCAGCCCCUUUAAAUUCUAUGGGAAGCUGAGAUGGUGAUGGGAGGUAUUUAUCCUUCCCUGUAAGGUGGAGUUGGUUAAAGCAGUCUACCUAGGUGUGUGCCUAGUAGUGUUUCGGAUGGCAACACGUUCUUUUUCCUGUUGGGGUUUAGUCUUUAACCUUGGAAUACCUAGCCACAUGCCUCAUUCCUCCUCUUUACCUCUGCAGCCUCACCCAUGACUGAACAGGGGUGUGGAUGCCCUGGGAAUUUCUUUCAGUGAGCAGGGGGUCGUCUUUACUUUUCUAGUAGUUUCGUAUGAAUAUUCUUUGCUUAGCGGUACUUGUUUUAUUAAAGGAAAAACCAUUGUAAUGUUUAUGUGAAUGUUUGAACUGGAAGGUCUGAGGUUAAUUCUUGGGGUGGGUGGGGUAGAGAAGGGUUUUGAUGUAGGCUGGACUUGCUACAAGUUCCUUAGGUACUUUUUAUUUUAUUUUUUUUGGUUUUUGUUUUGUUUUGUGUGUGUGUGUGUAUGUUUUUAGCUUUCCUCCCUCACUAAAGAGCGAGUCUGUGUGAACAGACCCGUUACCUUGCUACCUCUUGAAUUCAUGAGAACAAUAAGAUGGUUAGUGAAAGAUUAGGCAGGUUUUUUUUUCUUUUAUUGUAAGUAAAUGUAUAAAGUAGAAGCUAAAUUAAAGUCAAGGGAUUUUUUCCACCCUGUCCUUCCAUCAAAAGUCAGCUAGAAAAAUGUUAAAACAAAGCACGGCCAAAGACAAAAAUUUAUUAAGCCAGAGACCCCAGUGGAUAGAUGCUUAGAAUGGUUCACUCAGCAAACUCUUGGCUUCUUGAAGUCACUUUUAGGUAAAAGGAAGGAAACUUCUUAGAGCUUCUGGGCCCUUUCCAGUUUUGUUUAUUGAACCUGGAUGCUAUGGAAAAAAGGCCCCUUCAUCCUCCAUUCUCCCAGCACAUCUGGGUCAAUGUGUAAUCACCUGGCAGGACAGAGGGUGAGGGGAAUAGCAGCCUAUAACUUACUAGAAUCCAGAGUGCAAUAAGAUGGGGAGGAAGGGGGAAAAAAACCAAAGUGUUUCAUAUCCUCCCUUUCAGAAAAUUUCUCUCUCUCACACACACACAGACACACACACACAAUGAAAAAAAGCAACAAAAUCUUUUUGUAACAUCUGCCUAAGACAUCACAGCCAACAGCUGCUAUUGGUUUAGGAGAAAAAAGAAUUUAGCCUGCCAAUUCUUGGCCCCUUGACUUUGUUGGCAUGCCCUUGUGGAAAGCUAUGACUUAUUUCAAGCCUCCCAUGACUGGUGGAGUGUGGUGGUAAAAAUUCACAGCCAGUAGAAUCAUCUUCUGAGCUGAGUAAGGUUUACACACUCCCCAACCAUCCUGGCUCAAAACCAUUGUCCUUUUUAUUCCUAGGGUUCACUGAACCCUGCAUGUCGUCUUCAAAAAAAAAAAAAAAACCUUUUUAUGUUUAAAACAAAAAAAAAAAAAGAAAAAAGACAAGUGAGCAUGUUCAGUUAAAACAAAAUAAUAUAAAGCUUCAUUGUCACUCGGGUUUUUCUGUUAAGAUAGAUCAGUCCAUAAGUUGUUUCUGGGGUCAUUUGAAUGAACUGAGGACACUGGAAUCCAGGCUCCAUGUAAUAGACAAAACCAAACCUUGCUGAGCCUUGGCCUGGUAUCAUGUUCCACCGAACACUCUUGCCCCCCUCCCCCACCUUUGACCUCCCCAUCUCUUCUCACACAACCCUGGUUAUUCUAGUGCCAUUGUUUUGUUACCCUAGACUGUCAAUGUAAGUCAAGGGGCACCAGUAGGAGGAAUGUAUCUCUUGAUUAGUGUGCUGGGUUUCAGUGUCUUUAGCAUUUCCAUUAAAAAAAAAAAUCUUCCUCUGAGACCUUGCCAAACCCUGCUGAGACUGUCCCUUGAAACAUUUGAAUAGUGAAGGCCUCAUCUAUCCACCUUCUCCUCAGAGAAGGCUUGAGCUGGGCCAAGGAACACCAGUGCUACAUUAGCAUCUAGGAUUUUUUUUUUAAUUCCUCCUCUUCCACUUUCCCCCACCAUCUAAAAGCCCUAAGUGGAAAUGAAUCCCGCAUUGGUUUAGAGUGCAGACCAAGAAGAAUACUCAUUGCUACUGGCUGGCUAAGAAA